AUGUAUAAUAAUAACAUUAAUAGUAAUAGUAAUAGUAAUUGUAAUAGUAACAGUAAUAGUGAUAGUGACAAAGAUUUUUUAAAUAAAAUAUGGAGAAACUCAUAUUUAAAACAAGAAAUUUUAAAACAUAAUAAAAAUAAUAGAAAAAUAAUAUUCAAAAACAGAUUAGAUUUAAUUAAUUAUACAAAUAGAAAUAGUUUAUUAAAAAUAGUUUUAGAUUAUAAUGAAGAAAUAAAAGUAGGAGAUAUACCAGACACUGUAUAUUUAUUAGAGAUUACUGGGGUAUUUGAUAAACCAAUAAAAAUAGAUGUUUUACCCAAAUCAUUAGAAAUACUCGAUUUAAAAAACAAUUUUAUGACACAUAUUAUAGAGCCAAAUGUAUUGCCUUCAUCACUUAGAACAAUUCAUUUUAAUCAAACAUUUGAUCAAAGGUUAAAAGAAGGAUUCAUCCCACCGAAUGUAACAUCACUUUCAUUUAAUACAUGUUUUACCAACCAUGGUGUCCCUCUUAGAGUAAACGAUCUGCCAUCUUCAGGUUCUCUAAAAGUACUAGAGUUUGGAAGUCAUUUUAACUCACCUUUAUCACCUGGUGUAUUGCCCAUUGGUGUGGAAUCAUUAACGUUUUAUGGUCGUUUUAAUCAAGUUAUUAAACCAAAUGAUUUACCAUGCACAUUGACCUAUCUUCAAUUUGGUUAUUAUUAUUCGAAAGAUCUAUUUCCAAACUCAUUGCCAUCAAGUUUACAUACUCUUAUUUUUGGUAAUGAUUUCAUUUCUGCCAUAAACCCCGGUGUCUUACCGCGUUCGCUGAAAAUUCUUAAAUUUGGGGCAUAUUACAACCAAGAAAUUAUAGAAGGGUCAUUUCAUGAAGGUUUAGAGGUCAUUAAAUUUGGAUAUGGAUUCGAUAGACCCAUUAAAAAAGGUAGUUUACCCAGUUCAAUUAAAAAAGUUACAUUAUUUAGAUAUCCCAACGAUUCAAAAGAUUUAUAUAGAGAUCUAAGCACAAAUAAAUUAUUUAAUAAUGUUUUAAAUAUUUUUAAAAAUAAUAACAAAGAAAAUAAAUUUUUCCACUUUAAGAAGAAAAGUGAUGCCAAAAAAUUCCAAGCAAACAUUUCAAACAAAGUCCGUGAAAUGAUAAUUUAUAAACACAAACAAAGUAAAUAA